AUGGAUAAAGAGACGGUGACGCAGGUGGACAGCGACCGAAGUCCAAUCCAUGAUCCGACGCAGUAUGGCGAGGAGAAGGGACAUGUGGAGCAGGUUAGCCUGCAGAAUAAUGUGUCAGCACGAAUCAAGAACCCCCUCGCCGAUCUGACGAAAGAACGAGUGCUGGACGACGUGGAACGGUUUGCGCAAGAGCAUCAACUCCAGGAAAUCUUGCCAGAGCUAAAGAAGGGAGCGCUGGUGGCUCGGGAUCCGGGCGAAUUUGAAUCUGUCCCGGGCUUGACCGAUGAUGAGAUCAAAGUGCUCCAGGAUGAGGUUCUGCACAAAUGGCGCCAGCCGCGGGCUCUCUACUUUACCAUCAUUCUCUGCUCGAUUGGGGCAGCAGUUCAGGGCUGGGAUCAAACCGGCUCCAACGGUGCAAAUCUGUCCUUCCCUGACGCUUUUGGAAUCCCCGAGUCAGGCGUCCCCGACGCCAUUCGCAACCAAUGGCUCGUCGGUGUCAUCAAUGCCGGUCCCUACCUUUCGAGCGCAUUCUUCAGCUGCUGGUUAUCCGAUCCCAUGAACAGAUACUUCGGCCGUCGAGGUACUAUUUUCGUUGCCGCAAUCUUCUGUGUCUUGUCACCGAUUGGCUCGGCAUGCACCCAGAAUUGGCCGCAGCUCUUCAUCACUCGUCUCCUGUUGGGCAUUGGAAUGGGCCUCAAGGCGUCGGUGGUCCCAAUUUUCUGCGCCGAGAAUGUUCCCGCCAAUAUUCGCGGUGGCCUCGUGAUGUGUUGGCAAUUGUGGACAGCCUUCGGGAUUUUCCUCGGGUAUAGUGCGAACCUGGCAGUGAUGUAUACGGGAGAUAUUGCAUGGCGCCUCCAAUUCGGUUCAGCCUUUAUCCCGGCUGUCCCACUAUUGUUCGGCGUCUACUUUUGUCCCGAGUCGCCACGCUGGUAUAUAAAGAAAGGCGAGAUCAACAAAGCAUACAAGUCACUGCAACGGCUCCGCAAUAGCCCGCUCCAAGCAGCCCGCGAUCUUUACUACAUCUAUGCGCAGAUCAAGGUCGAGCAGGAAUUAAUCGGAACCAGCAACUACCUCCAGCGAUUCACAGAGCUCUUCACAAUUCCACGAGUGCGACGCGCGACCCUGGCCUCGUUUACCGUCAUGCUCGCGCAGCAAAUGUGUGGUAUCAACAUCGUGUCUUUCUACUCAUCCACCAUCUUCUCCAAUGCAGGCGCAAGCAAUCGAGACGCCCUUCUCGCCUCUUGGGGUACGGGCUUGGUGAAUUUCGUCUUCGCCUUCCCCGCCGUGUGGACGAUUGAUACGUGGGGGCGUCGGACGCUGCUGCUCUUUACCUUCCCGCAAAUGGCGUGGACGCUUCUAGCGGCGGGCUUCUGCUUCUACAUUCCAGAAAGCUCGCCUGCUCACCUGGGGAUUAUCGCUUUUUUCGUGUUCUUGUUCGAGGCGUUUUACUCGCCCGGCGAGGGCCCUGUGCCGUUUACGUACUCUGCCGAGGUUUUCCCGCUGUCGCAUCGCGAGGUCGGCAUGGCCUGGGCUGUCGCCAUCUGUCUAGGAUUCGCCGCGGUCCUCUCGAUCACGUUCCCUCGUAUGCUAAUCGCAAUGACCGCAACGGGUGCUUUUGGCUUCUACGCCGGUCUCAACGUCACCGCCCUGGUCAUGAUCUACCUAUGGGUCCCCGAAACGAAGCAGCGCACGCUGGAGGAACUCGAUUACAUCUUUGCCGUUCCAACCCGAGUCCACAUGCACUAUCAAGUGUUCAAGGUGCUUCCGUGGUGGAUCAACCGAUACAUCUUCCGCCGACAUGUGGAGCUUGAGCCACUUUACAAGUUCGAUCGGGUUGCUACGGAGGAGACUGCGGCUGAAGUGCGGAAGCGGAGUGUGGUUUCUGCGAAUAUGAAGUCGUGA